AUGACUGACCAGGGCAACAACAACCAAAACAUCUCCCGCAACCCCUUCGCUGCCCUUUUCAGCUCCCUCGCCGACGCCAAGCAGUUUGCGUCGGGCCAGAAACCACCUUCGCGCCAUGGCGAACCACCCUGUGAGUUAACCCUCCAGAGGAGGAGUUACAGAGCGUGCAUGCUUUUGCUCCAGCCCAGCUCUAACACACGACCUGACUAAUCGGCUGCAUGACAGGACCUUGAUUAGCUCAAUCGGUGGUGUUUUAGUGCUGGGUUGGAAUAAAGCCCAACAGUUGGGCCACUCCAGCUAUAAUAGUUAAUUGUGUUACUCAUUUUGGUCUGUCUGUCUAACUUAAACAUUACUAAUAUGAUGUAGCACGCUCACUGGCUUGACGCUCGACAAUGACCUCAUACGGUUUGAUAUAUCUGCUGGCUUAUGUCAUGUGUUGCAGCGGAGGACUCGGAUGGGAGUCAGUCAGAGUCAGAGAACUCGGACAGCAUCGAGGACAAUGACGACUCGGUGGCCGAAAUCAGCCGCUCCUUCCUGUCGCGGCAGGAACUGUGUGAACAGCUCAACAUCAACCACAUGAUCCAGAGGAUCUUCCUCAUCACCUUGGACAACAGUGAGUGCAGGAAGUUAGAUAGGAGCGUAUUAAGGUUUUUACACUUUUUUCUAUUGGAGUAGCGUCAUGAUGCCGCUUGUCCCUUCUUCUAAUUUUCAGAAUCUUGUUGUCAUGUAAACAACCCUUACUGUUGCCUGGCUGGGUCUAUCUGAUGUUGCGUAGUGAUAUGAACUAAAGCAAAUCAGUUUGUUUCCCAGGCAACCAUUUAUGUGCCCAUACACAAGCAACGGCUCAAUUCAUCACCCGUCAACCUCCCCCUGUUUUAAUGACAAAGCCCCCAUUCUGACUGUCUCAUUUAUUCCCCUGUGCUUUAUGUUGAUUAAUCUGAGGUGCUGGAUUGAGGCAUGGUCAAUGUGUGAUCACAGCUUUCUUAAACUCCUUCGUAAACUCAAAGGAAUUCAGUACAUUCAUCCUUCCUGGCAGUCUUUUCUUCAUGACAUCACUCUGUGUCUGUACUAGAUUAGAUGGAGAGCGAUCAGCGUGGCAUCAGCCAACUGACUGAGUCAGAGGCUGUGUCAUCAAGGGGGUCUACAGGUCCCAGAUGACUGUCUUCCUCCAUUAGUGUCUUAUUUUCCCGCUCAUCAUCCCUCACUGACUGGCAUGAAAGUGCCCUGAUGAUGGAGCCCCUUUCUGUCCAUUUCUAGUCUAAAUCUAAUCUAAUCUGCUCGGCCUCUUUUAGUAUUCCAUUUCAGGGCCAUCCAGUAAACAGUAAAUUACUCACCCCAGCUCAAUACUCAUAAACUGGAUACUGGAAUGAGUCAUGAUUGACUGUGUCUGCUGUAAGUGAAAAGUAAAAUGGUCUGAGUGUUUGGAGUCUGCUGUUCAACAACUGUUGUUUGACCUCAGGUGACCCCAGUCUGAGAGGAUGCAAUGGGAUUCCUCCACGCUGCGUGUUCCUGGAGGAAAUGGCCGCAGAGAUGGACGGGCAAGACUGGCUAGACAUGGACAACAUCGAGCAGGUACAAUAGGAUUGGACAGUGGGAAUGGUGGUGGCGAACUGUUCGCUGGUCAGCUCAGUUGACCUCUAUGCCAUAAGAUCCACAUAUACAGUGCUGUAUCCUUUUCUCAUGACGAUUUCCUCGCUGGCUUGUAUUUUCAGGGGACUAGGCCUAUUAUGUAUACAGUGCAUCGUCUACUCUAAGAAGAUGGUAUAGUGAAAAAUACAUAGCAACCUUAUGCUCAACAGGGAGCAGAGAUCAGUAAGUAAGGACAUAAAGUUGAUAGCACAGAAUGUUGGCUAAGUUUGACAUUUUUUCUCCUAUAUUAGGCACUCUUCAACAGAUUACUGAUGCUGGAGCCAGGGAACCACCUCAUCUACAUGACCUCGUGUAAUGCUGUGAAUCUCUCUGCCGACCGAGAUGCUGGGGACAAGUGCGCCAUACCGUUCCUCUACGCCUGCUACCAGAGAGCCAAGGAAGAGGUGGGGUCACAUACACAGCUCACUCUCAUUCCUAAUUUCUUUCUCCACCAAUUGCCAGUCAUAAUUCAGUCAGGAAAAGUUUGCUGUAAAAGGCAUACAGAGUGUACUAAACAUUACAGACUUGCCAAGUGAAUCCAGGUGAAAGCUAUGAUCCCUUAUUGAUGUCACUUGUUAAAUCCACUUCAAUCAGUGUAGAUGAAGGGAAGGAGACAGGUUAAAUAAGGAUCUUUAAGCCUUGAGACAAUUGAGACAUGGAUUGUGUAUGUGUGCUAUUCAGAGGGUGAAUGGGCAAGACAAAAGAUUUAAGUGCCUUUGAACGGGGUAUGGUAGUAGGUGCCAGGCGCACCGGUUUUCUACGCUCAACAGUUUCCUGUGUGUAUCAAGAAUGGUCCACCACCCAAAGGACAUCCAGCCAACUUGACACAACUGUUGGAAGCAUUGGCGUCAACAUGGGCCAGCAUCCCUGUAGAACGCUUUUAUAUUUAGGUGUUCAUAAUGUUUUGUCCACUCUGUGUCUAAACCAUGCUGUAUAUAUCAGCGCCUGCACAGUUCGGUUUGGGUCACCACAAUAGUGUGAAAAGGUUCAUAGUCUUACUGAACAUAAUGAAUGACCUGUCUAAGGUUAAAUCUGCUGUUUAUUUAUAGAUCAUUUCAGUCUGCAUAUAGGCAAAAGAAAGCAUGUUUAGCUUGUGCUCCAUUGCUGACAAUGACGUGACAAAUUCCUCCCUGGUCCCUCCCUACAUUACAAACCCCCAGGUCACCAAAGUACCGGAGAAGCUGCUGUCGUACGCAGUGCGCUGUAAGAAUCUGACGGUGUCCAACACGUGCACGGUCCUGCUCACCCCCGAGAUCUACAUCAGCCAGAACGUGUACGAGCAGCUACUGGAUCUGCUGCUGGAGGGAGUCGGCGGAGCCCGUGAGUCCAUUCAAUUAUUAAAGCUUUGACUGUCUGAGGAUCCCUGUUCUGUUCCAUCUCAGUAGCCAAAGAAAGUGGUGUUGUCUGCUGCUCAGGUAUCAACUGUUGAGGCCUCCCAAGACAGGAUGUGCUGUAAUUUAAGAUAGUUUGCCCCCGCUGAUUAAAUAACUGGUUUUUACUGGUUUGAACUUGUCGAUCUGCAUUUGAGAGUAUAAUAUCCUCACUUCGCUGUGUUGUUGUGUGUGGUUUGUGUCCGGAAAGGGGGGGAAAGAGGCCUGUACAAUACAGAGAAUAUACUUUACUGAACUGUAUUUAUUUUUUAUAUUUUCUGUAUAGACUACAUUGUUUUUUACCCUGAUAUAUACCUAAGCCCUUUUUUGAGCCAUGAAAAACCCUGUACAUAUAUGGUUCUGUAAAGUACAGUAUCUUCUCUGCAUUAUACAGGGCUAUUAUUCAGGGUUUUUACUUAUCUAUACCUAAGCCCCUUUUUGAGCCAAGAAAAACCCUGACAUAAAGUGUGGUUUCUGUUGUGCGUUGCAGAGCUGGAGGAGGUGGUGGAGUUCGUGGAGGAGGUGAUCGCUGGCCUGUUGGCUGACCAGGAGGUGCGCACCUUCAGCGAGGUGAUCGUGCCCGUGCUCGAUAUCUUCCAAGGCCGUGUAAAAGACUUGGAUCUCUGCCAGCUGCUGCUCUUCUCCUACCUGGACCUUCUCCUCUACUUCAGCCGGCAAAAAGAUAUCGCUACGGUCAGGGGCCAAAAUGCAUCGUCAUCACUCCUCUGGACUAUUUUGUAUAACCGUGAUUAUUACUUGAUUAUAUUCUAUUCUGUUCUAUAUUAUUCUAUUUAGAACAAUAUUAUUAUUCUUUUAACAACUGCAUUCAUAUGUCUGAGAUGGACAACCUUGAUCUCAAAAGUAGUUUACUCUCUUAAUAUACUUCAAAUUGUUUUACUCCAGGUAUUGGUGGAGCACAUCCAUCCCAAAGAUCCCAACAAUGGGCUUCAGUAUCAGAACACCCUCCUUGGCACUGUGUUGAGUAUCUCUUGCCUGCUGAAGACGCCGGGGGUGGUGGAGGGUCACGGCUUCUUCCUCAACCCAUCACGCUCCAGUCCACAGGAAAUGAAGGUCCAGGAGUCCAACAUACACCAGGUAAGGGCACAAGAAAUAGAGGCUUUGGUCAAAAGUAGUGCAUUAUAUAGGGAAUAGGGUGCUAUUUAGGACGGACCCCUAACCUUAUCUUCUGUGUCUCCAAAACCCCACUUAGGCCUACAUCCAGCUUACUGCCAAGGGACAGACAUAUUCUAAGGGUCAGACACAAGCUUAGUCUAAGCUUAUGUCUGAGUCACUUUCACUCAGAUAUCAUAUGAACACAGCAUAAGUCCUGGCAAAAUGUGUAGAAUUGCAGGAAAUUCGCUUUAAAUAUAUAUAUACAGUUGAAGUCGGAAGUUUACAUACACUUAGGUUGGAGUCAUUAAAACUCAUUUUUCAACCACUCCACAAAGAAACAAGAUUCUCUGGUCUGAUGAAACCAAGAUUGAACUCUUUGGCCUGAAUGCCAAGCGUCACGUCUGGAGGAAACCUGGCACCAUCCCUAUGGUGAAGCAUGGUGGUGGCAGCAUCAUGCUGUGGGGAUGUUUUUUAGCGGCAGGGACUGGGAGACUAGUCAGGAUCGAGGCAAAGAUGAACGGAGCAAAGUACAGAGAGAUCCUUGAUGAAAACCUGCACCAGAGCGACCUCAGACUGGGGUGAAGGUUCACCUUCCAACAGGACAUCGACCCUAAGCACACAGCCAAGACAAUGGAGGAGUGGCUUCGGGACAAGUCUCUGAAUGUCCUUGAGUGGCCCGCCCAGACUUGAACCCGAUCAAACAUCUCUGGAGCGACCUGAAAAUAGCUGUGCAGCAACGCUCCCCAUCUAACCUGACAGAGCUUGAGAGGAUCUGCAGAGAAGAAUGGUAAAAACUCCCCAAAUACAGGUGUGCUAAGCUUGUAGCGUCAUACCCAAGAAGACUCAAUGCUGUAAUCGCUGCCAAAGGUGCUUCAACAAAGUACUGAGUAAAAAACGACCAAUUUCACUGGAGCGUAGAGCGAGAUUCCCAAAGGCUGGUGCGUUAGCCUUUUCGCCUGCUCCAAUUUCGCUCCAGUAGCGCUCACUUCACCAGCUCAGGGCAUGCCCGGCCCAGCAUGCAUUUGUAGUCUACUUGUGUGCUGCUAUAGUCCCUUGCUUUAGCUACUGUCAUGGAGUUAUGCUAAAUAUUUUCAUAAAGAAACUGAUAAAACAAACAGGUGCAAAAUCAAGGUGACUUACAAAGAUGAGGACCGAGAGGUAGUGCGGUGAUGUAGCGUCCACAACUAAAGAAUCAUUGUGGAAUCUGAAAAGACACGUAUCCCGAAAGCAUGAUGGUGUACUUACUAUGUGCACAUGCUAAAAUAAAGGAAUGAGGUGGGUAGAUAACUAUGUGUGUCAUUGUAGCAAAGUAUUUAUAAACAAAAAAUCUGAUUGAACGUUCACUUUUGUUCUAUUAUCUAUCUAUAUAAUUUAUUAUCUAUAUCCAUAAUUGAUUUGGGCCAAAUAGGCCUGCCAUAUUCCCACUUUCAAGGAGCUUUCCAUUUUGAUUGGUUAUUUUGCCUAAAAACCUUUAAGCCUACCUAUAGAAAAAAUUAAAAAUAAACUGCAUCUCUGCCCAGCCUGGAAAGAGUGGACAAAAGGGUGUUUAGCAUCCCCAGUGGCUCUACAAGUGUGGAGAGGAUAUUCUCUGCUGCUGGCCUGCUCUCCAGGCACCAUCACAUGAGCCUUAAGCCACAGACUGGCCAAACCCGUGUUUAUAGAAAUGAAUUCAAAGGCACUGUAGACUGAGCCUAAUAAGGAAUUUUUCAUUUAAUUUGUAUUUAAUACUAAGUCAGAGCCUAUAUGCGCAAUUUAUAGACUAUAAUGAUUUAAUGCAACAAAAUGUUGUUUAAAUGCUGAGCGCCUAAUGCCCCUACCAGCCUAUGGUGUCGCACUCGCAAAUGCUUCACAAUGUAUUUCUUUGUAGGCUAUAGCCUUGAAAUAAUUGAAAUAAUAUUUAGUGUGUAUAUGCUGUUUAAUAUGACAUGUAGCCUAUUUGAAAUGGUGAGCGCUUCUAAAAUACUUUUCAUUCAAAUCAUCUGGUUUGGUUUCAAUACUUUAAAACCAAAUGAUAGGUCCAGGUAGUCACAAAAUUAGGUGGGUGUUGGUUAAUUGUGAUUUUAAUGAAUGGAGCGAAUUUGGAGCAGCAGUUCUUUUUCCUGUGAGCGCGGAGCGGUUUUUAGCGGAGCGUUUGAAAAGGACGUGGAGUGCCGGAGCCGCUCCAUGAGCAAUGAGCGGGAAUUCCGACCACUCAACUCCGCUCCCAUACUCUGCUCCCAUCUAGUUAUUGACAUAUCCUUUCCUGCUCUCCUUUCCUCCCAGUUCAUGGGCCAGUUCCAUGACAAGCUGCACCAGCUCCUGAAGAACCUGCUGCAGCAGUCGGGUGAGACACGCCACCUGCUGCUCUCCUGGCUAGGCAGCUGCCUGCAGGCCAACGCCGGGCGCGCCAAGAUCUGGGCCAACCAGAUGCCCGAGAUCUUCUUCCAGAUGUACGCCUCAGAUGCCUUCUUUCUCAACCUGGGCGCCGCACUGCUCAAGCUGUGCCAGCCCUUCUGCCGGCCGCGCUCCCCCAAGCUGCUCACCUUCAACCCCACCUACUGCGCGCUCAAGGAGCUCAGCGAGGAGGAGCGGCGCAACCGCAACGUGCACGCCAGAGGUGUGUCUGGGUCAUUGGAUAUCCUUUUUACAUCAUUAGUUCUCUUUUUUAUGUUCGUAAAUAUGAAUCUUUCCUAAUUUUCUCAUUGAUCAUUAGGUCUGGACAAAGAGACGUGUCUCGUCCCCCUUCCCCCCCAGCAGUCGGUGCAGUACUCACAGUCAUAUAGCCUCCUCACUGAGAACCUCAUCCUCACCCAGAUGACCCUGCACCUGGGCUUCCACAGGUAACUAACUGGCCCUGUUCAGAAGGGUUCAACGUUACAGAACAUUCAGAUAUAAUACAAAUUAUAGGAUAGAUAUGAUUGUCUUUCAAGUAGAAUAGGGAAUCAUGUCAGGUCUAUUCAAUGCAUUUCUAUCGGCAAAUUUGUGAACAUAUCUCCUCACUGAAUAUACCCCUGACCUAGCAAUGCUGUAUCCAUAUGAUGAGCAUUAGUACUGUAUAUCAUCACAGGGUUUUGGGUUUGUGCAUGAAGAAAGUUCUACUUGCCAUGUUAGUACACAAUACUUUUGGUUCCUCGACACACACAGAAAACUCUCAGUGGAGGUUCUCCAUUGAGCAUGGGUUUAAGUCCAGGAGUUGGCUCGAUAUGUACCCGGGAACCUGGCCCUUGGAGUAGACUUGUGAUAAUAUCUCAUAGUGUUAUCCUUCAUAACAGCUGAGCCAUAUGUACUGUAUCUGAUGUUGUGAACUGGGCCGUGACAAAUUUCCGUUGUUCGCUGUAACAUUUGGUUAAUAAAGUUGUAUUGUGUCUUCUCCUUGCCUCUCCCUAGACUCCACGAGCAGAUGGUGAAGAUGAACCAGUCUCUCCACCGGCUGCAGGGUACGUGGCGGGAGGCCCAGCUCACGGGCGGCCCGGCGGCCGAGCAGCUCCGCGAGCAGUUCGAGCGCCUCAUGACGGUCUACCUGUCAACCAAAGCAGCAGCCACCCAGCCGGGCAUGCUGCAGUGCUGCCUCAACCUGCAGGCGUCCAGCGCCACACUCCUGGUUCAACUGGGCCUCAGCAACCAGGGGCCCGAGCACAUCCAGCUCUCCUUCCCCCUGCCGCCGCUAUACAACAGCCUGCUCUGUCACAUGCCAGGUAGCUGCCCCUCCCUCCCUCUGUCAGUUUACUUCUCUUUUUUUGUUUAGCUGAGUGACUUACAGUCAAGGCAUUUAACUAAGGUAGGAACGACAACCAAGUAUCACAGUCAUUUCAGGUAAAACUUUCCGUCAACCUUGCUUGUUUACUUACUUAGUUAGACCAGUCGCCCCAUGAGGAGCAAAGGCCGUCAACAACUCAACUUUUGGCAGUCUUUUCAAUAUUGCGCCAUCGACCUUGACGUCACGUUUUCAGUCAUUUGACAGAUGCUCUUAUGCUGACUUGCAGUCAGUGCGUACAAUAGAGGUGCCAUAGAAACAAACGGAACAUGGCUUUGUGGCCGUGGUUGCACCUUUACAAUGCAGAAAACCGCUCGUCUCUAGCUCAAACCGUUCAAAACUAAAGACCUAUUUUAACGGAGCUAUUUUAUUUAUUUAUUUCCUGCAUGGAUUGCGGGACGCUCUUAAAGGGGUACACACAAAUUAAUCAUCAUGAGUAAGGAACUUUUAUUAUGCAAGCUAUGAAAAUAGUUCAAAUAAACCCUAUUUAAUCUAAAAAAAAAAUAACGUUUGUCACAGAAAAGCGUUGAUUUGCAGUAAGUAUCAGAUUUAGAUGGUCAUUACCACUAAAUUAAUUAAUAGGGAUAUUUUAGGUGUGCCGCAGAAUUUUUUAUCCCAUCAAGUUGUUCCAAGGUUCAUAAAAGGUUGGGAACCACUGUGCUAAAUAACAGCAAGUCCCAAUGACAGUGUCCCAAUGACAGUGCUAUAUAAGAGUUGUGAGAGAAUAACACAUAUGAAGAGAGCAGAGGAGGCUGGUGAGAGUAGCUAUAGGAGGACAGGCUCAUUGUAAUGGCUGGAAUGGAAUGAAUGGAAACACCUAACAUAUCAAACACAUGGAAACAACGUGUUUGACUCCAUUCCAUUGAUUCCAUUCCAGCCAUUUAAAAUGAGCCUAUAGCCCCUCCCACCAUCCUCCUCUGGUAGAGAGUGUAUUAAUACGAUGACUACUAGGAGGGGUUGGUUAUCAAAAGGAUUCUUGUACGUCUGCAGAGUUCUUUGCAGAGAACUUGGGAGAUUUCUUUGUCUUCCUCCGCCGCUUCGCUGACGAGGUCCUGGAGUCUUCUGCCGAGAGUUUGGAGCAGGUCCUCAACUUCAUCACUGUGUUCAUGGGAAACGUGGAGAGGUAGGGGAGAGAGGGAGAGGCGUUGAGUUCACCCACGCACACACACACAGUACCAGGCCACAUGUUUACACCUCUGUGCAUAAUAUCCAUGUGUCCUGGUACAUACAAUGCCUUGAGGACUGUUUAUCCCCAUUGGCUGUUACAACAGUCACUCUUCUGGAUGUGAUAUUCCUAAGGGGUUUAUGUGUCUACCAUUUGGAGUCAUCUAUGUUCCUAUUGUGUUACUCUUUACCCAUGUACCCAGGAUGAAGAACCCUCACUUGCGGGCGAAGCUGGCAGAGGUGCUGGAGGCGGUGAUGCCCCACAUGGAACCGGUGUCGGCCGGCACGACUCAGCCAGUCAUGUUCCAGCGCCAAAGGGUCUUCUGCUCCUACCGCCACGCCCCUCACCUGGCCGAGGCGCUCAUCGCUGUGUUUGUGGAUAUUGAGUUCACUGGUGGGUUUAGUGUGUAUGUGUAUGUGUGUGUGUGCGCAGUGUAUGUGUGUGUGUGUUUGUGUCUUGCACAUAUGUGUUUGUGUGUGCUAGAAUCUAAACCUUUGUGAUGAAGCUCAAGUGCAAGCAUGAUGUGACUUGUAUGUUAUUGACUUUUCUCCUCAGGUGACCCUCACCAGUUUGAACAGAAGUUCAACUACAGGAGACCUAUGUAUCCCAUCCUCAAGUACAUGUGGGGGAAGGAGAGCUACAGGGAGAGCAUUAAGGCAAGCUUGUCUCCCCGUUUGUCUUAGUUAUUUAGAUGGUACCACAUGUAGAGUCGUCCUUAUUGAAGACAGCAGGAAACACACGGUAUUACUCUUCAGUUCUGCACCAUUAUGUACCAAAAUGCUUAUGUGGAAUGUUGUUUACUUCAGAGUCUUGCUGUUUAUGCAUCCGAGAACCUCGAGGCAAUGAAUCCUCCACUCUUCCUGCGGUAUCUGAAUCUCCUGAUGAACGACGCCAUCUUCCUGCUCGACGAAGCUAUACAGGUGAGAAACUGUCAGCAUUUAGCGCUCGUUUUAUGAAAAGGACAUUCCUAGCAUUGACUUAUAUUGACUUAUAUCCAUCUCAGUGGUGGCUGGUGCCACUUUAAAUCAGAGGACGGGCUCAUUUUAAUGGCUGGAAUGGAAUCAACAAACGGUAUUAAAACACAUGGUUUCUAUGCGUUUGAUACCAUUCCAUUCAUUCCAUUCCGACCAUUACUAUGAGUCGUCCUCAGCUCACCAGCCUCUACUGAUCCAUAAAAGACAAAUCUGCUCCAAUUGGUUUUAAUUUUGGAAAUCUGUUCCAAAGUAUUCCCAUGCAUAAUAGAGAGAUAUACUUGUAAGCAAGGUUUGAAAUACUUAUGUUUUAGUCAAAUAUUAUAUCUGUUUGGGCUUCUUGCAGUCAAUUUGCCAUGUACAAUUUGCCAUCCGCUCAAGAAGAAAUUGGCCCGCGGCUGAAUCUAGUUGAUGUUCUCUGGUUUACAUGAAGCUCCUACAUUUCAACUGUGUCAGAUUUUGCCACUACUUCUCUCUGAACUGGUCCUUGUCGUGGUAGUACCUGAGCAAGAUCAAGCUUCUGCAGCUGGAGAAGGACCAUGGCGAGUGGGAGGGCCUGGCUCCUGAUGCCCUCAGGGAGAAGGAGUCCAGUCUGCAGAUGUUGGGACAGCUGGCACGCUUCCAUAAUAUAAUGUCCAACGAGACCAUCGGCACACUGGCUUUCCUCACGUCAGGUUAGUUGGAGAGGGAGGAUGAAUGGAUAACAAUGAUUGGACAUACGUCUCUACCUAGAGCUACACAAAAUAUGGGUGUUGGUGUAUUUUUUUGUUGUCCUAUUCAUUGUUAGUGAAACCAUAAGCAGAAUUAAGAGAUUGCCCUGUUAAAGGUAAAUGGCAAUAAUUUAUAUUUGAAGGCACUGUGUUGUACACUGAGGAUACAAAACAUUAGGAACACCUUUCUCAUAUUGUGUUGCACCACCUUUUGCCCUCAGACCAGCCUCAAUUCGUUGGGGCAUAACCUCUACAAGGUGGCCCAUGUUGACUCCAAUGCUUCCUGCAGUUGUGUCAAGUUGGCUGGAUGUCCUUUGGGUGGUGGACCAUUCUUGAUACACACAGGAAACUGUUGAGCGUGAAAAACCCAGCAGCGUUGCAGUUCUUGACACACUCAAACCGGUGCGCCUGGCACCUACUACCAUACCCUGUUCAAAGCCAGUUAAAUAUUUUGUCUUGCCCAUUCACCCUUUGAAUGGCACACAUACACAAUCCAUGUCUCAAUUGUCUCAAGGCUUAAAAAUCUUUCUUUAACCUGUCUCCUCCCCUUCAUCUACACUGAUUUGAAGUGGAUUAAACAAGUGACAUCAAUAAGGGAUCAUAGCUUUCACCUGGAUUCACCUGGUCAGUCUGUCAUGGAAAGAGCAGGUGUGCCUAAUGUUUUGUACACUCAGUGUAUAUUAAUAUAUUGAAACUCAUACUCGCUUCUCCCUCGUCAUGAUAUCCCAGAGAUCAAGGGUAUUUUUGUGCACCCUUUCAUGGCCGAGAGGAUCAUCUCCAUGCUCAACCACUUCCUGCAGCACCUGGUCGGCCCCAAGAUGGGCGCCCUGAAGGUGAAAGACUUCAGCGAGUUUGACUUCAAGCCCCAACAACUGGUCUCCGAUAUCUGCAACAUCUACCUUAACCUGGGGUACGUUUCAAAAUGGCAAUAUUUCAAGGCUAAGACAAGGCUCAGAAGUUUGUUAGGUUGAAAUUCGCUUGCUUUUUCAAUCUGUACUUCAGACCUGUAUUCUGAUUGUAUUUGAAAUCGUUCAAAAAUGUUGAGCGUUUGCCUGGAGCGAAAGGUGGGUGGUGUUUGCAUGUUUUGGAUGGUUCCAUUGGUUUUAUUGUGCCAGGCAAGCACAGUCAAGCAUAGCUACAUUAGUUGAACAUUUUUUUAAAGUACCAUUUGAAUCCAUGUGUGGCUUAUAUAGUGCAUUUGGAAAGUGUUCAGACCCAUAGACUUUUUCCACUUUUUGUUACGUUACAGCCUUAUUCUAAAAUUGAUUAAAUUGUUUUUUUUCCUCGUCAAUCUACACACAAUACCCCAUAAUGACAAAGCAAAAAUAGGUUUUAUUUUUUUUGUGCUAAUUUAUUAAAAAUUAAAAACGUAAAUAUCACAUUUACAUAAGUAUUCAAACCCCUUACUCAGUACUUUGUUGAAGCACAUUUUUGCAGCGAUUACAGCCUUGAGUCUUCUUGGGUAUGACGCUACAAGCUUGGCACACCUGUAUUUGGGAGGUUUCUACCAUUCUUCUCUGCAGAUCCUCUCAAGUUCUGUCAGGUUGGAAGGGGAGCGUCGCUACACAGCUAUUUUCAGGUCUCUCAUUUACAUUUACGUCAUUUAGCAGACGCUCUUAUCCAGAGCGACUUACAGUUAGUGAGUGCAUACAUUUUCAUACUGUUCGAUCGGAUUCAAGUCCAGGCUUUGGCUAGGCCACUCAAGAACAUUCAGAGACUUGUCCCAAGCCACUCCUCCAUUGUCUUGGCUGUGUGCUUAGGGUCGUUGUCCUGUUUGAAGGUGAACCUUCGCCCCAGUCUGAGGUCCUGAGCGCUCUGGAGCAGCUUUUCAUCAAGGAUCUUUCUGUACUUUGCUCCCUUCAUCUUUCCCUCGAUCCUGACUAGUCUCCCAGUCCCUGCCGCUGAAAAACAUCCCCACAGCAUGAUGCUGCCACCACCAUGCUUCACCGUAGGGAUGGUGCCAGGUUUCACCCAGACGUGACGCUUGGCAUUCAGGCCAAAGAGUUCAAUCUUGGUUUCAUCAGACCAGAUAAUCUUGUUUCUCAUGGUUUGAGAGUCCUUUAGGUACCUUUUGGCAAACUCCAAGCAGGCUGUCAUGUGCCUUUUACUGAGGAGUGGCUUCCUUUGGCAACUCUACCAUAAUGGCCUGAUUGUUGGGGUGCUGCAGAGAUGGUUAUCUUUCUGGAAGGUUCUCUCAUCUCCACAGAGGAACUCUAGAGCUCUCUGAGUAACCAUUGGGUUCCUUCCUGACCAAGGCCCUUCUCCCCCAAUUGCUCAGUUUGGCCGGGCGGCCAGCUCUAGGAAGAGUCUUGGUGGUUCCAAACUUCUUCCAUUUAAGAAUGAUGGAGGCCAUUGUGUUCUUGGGGACCUACAAUGCUGCAGACAUUUUUUGGUACCCUUCCCCAGAUCUGUGCCUCGACACAAUCCUGUCUCGGAGCUCUACGGACAAUUCCUUCGACCUAAUGGCUUGGUUUUUGCUCUGACAUGCACUGUCAACUGUGGGACCUUAUAUAGACAGGUGUGUGCCUUUCCAAAUCAUGUCAUAUCAAUUGCAUUUACCACAGGUGGACUCCAAUCAAGUUGUAGGAGCAUCUCAAGGAUGAUCAAUGGAAACAGGAUGCACCUGAGCUCAAUUUUGAGUCUCAUAGCAAAGGGUCUGAAUACUUAUGUAAAUACGGUAUUUCUGCUUUAUUUGUAAUACAUUUGCAGAAAAUUCUGAAAACCUGUUUUAGCUUUUUCAUUAUGGGGUAUUGUGUGAUGGAUGAGGAUAUUUUUUAUUUUUUAAUCAAUUUUAGAAUACGGCUGUAACGAAAAAGUCAAGGGGUCUGGAAUACUUUCCGAAUACACUGUAAGGUGGCUAUUUUGUUUUUAGCGAUUGUAACAAUGUCUGUUUUCUCUUCGACAGUGAUGAAGAGAAUUUCUGUGCCACUGUCCCAAAAGACGGGCGCUCCUACUCUCCCACGCUCUUCUCUCAGACUGUCCGAGUCCUGAAGAAGAUCAACAAGCCCGGAGAAAUGGUUGUGGGUUUCGGUCUCCUUGCUGACAAAAUAAAGGUUAGAUCUGUUGUAGUAUCAAAUCACCUUAUACUGUACCGCUAUGCCCUCUCCAUACCAUAACCCUAAACGAAUAACUACUGCCUGUUUUAGUCUCAUGCAGACCGACAGCUGCAGGAUGAGGAAACGUACGCGGACGCCCCAGACGAGUUCCUGGACCCCAUUAUGUCCACUCUGAUGCUCGACCCUGUGCUGCUCCCCUCUUCCAAUGUCACGGUCGAUCGCUCGACCAUAGCACGGCACUUACUCAGGUGAGUGAUUCCCUUAGGAGUAGUAUGUCUACGUGCUGCUGGUUUAUUCCAGGGGCCGUGUGCAUCAAGCAUCUCAGAGUAGGCGUGCUGAUCUAGGAUCAGGUCCCCCCCCUGUCCAUGUAGUCUUAUUCAUUGUGAUCUAAAAGGCUAAACUGAUCCUUGAGAUGCUUGAAACAUACGGCCCGAGAUCAAGUUUAUUUGUACGAUAUUGAGUAUCAAUUUUCAUUAUCCUACAGCGAUCAGACAGACCCGUUCAACCGCAGCCCCCUCACCAUGGACCAGAUCCGGCCCAACGAGGAGCUGAAGCAACAGAUCUUACAGUGGCUGGCCCAGCAUAAGCAGGAUCAGCAGCAGAUGGGCCCUAGUGGCUAG